GGGGGGGAGCGAGGGGGAGAGCCGGAGCGACAGAGAGAAGAGAUAGGAGGGUGCCUACUCCGACGAAGCUCUCAAUAACGGUGCCAGCUACAGUAGGGAAAAGCUGAUUGUGACACAAUCAGGCCUGGGUUGCGUCGGUCGGCGGGCCAUUCGGAAGGCCAUCACUCUACUUACCAAAAAAUACCCACAACGGCAACACGGCACCUAUCUACAGGUCCAUGACAAGGCUCUGUGAUCUGUAAACAGGAAGCACAACAAUGGCAAGGCACUGGGUUACAUGCUGCAUGGCGGUCGCUCUUCUCGGUUCGACGCGAGGCGAACAGAUUGUCAUGCCUGAGGAGGCGAGCACAAUCUCAGAAAGGAGUAGCCCUACAUAUCAGCAUACUCGGUUACCACAGGUCAGCGAAGGCGCUCGCAGAAGUUACCAGCCGGACUUCGGAGAUAGACAAGAAGCAAUUACGCGAAAUGGAAGACUUUUGCCAGUUGCAGAUGGCUCUGACCACGGAGAGGUAUCUGGGCUUGAGGAGACAGCAAAGUGUCGAGAGCUUCUGAACUUGAUGGUCACGGAGAGCGCGGGGAAGACCGGUGGACAGAAGUGCAACGUGGCUUUCGUCAAGACUCACAAGACGGCGUCGACUACGCUGGCCAUGAUCUUCGUGCGGUACGCCAAGCGCCACGACAAAAAGCUGGCGUCGUUCGAAGGCCGGUUCGUAUCUAACGUCCCUCUGGCGGUGGCAGUCCAGCAGGUCCAAGAAAGCGGGCAGCGCGUGGACGUGAUGCACUACCACGUCCACGAGGGUGUCUGGGAGGGGACCUGGGAAGACAACACCAACAUGUACCAGCAGAUAAUGCAGGAUGCGGAGCCGAUCAACUACAUCACGGUGGUUCGAAGUCCGCGGGAGCACUUCUUGAGCUACUACUAUUACUAUAUGCAACCGAUGAACAAGUUGUCGAUCGAGCAGUACCUUGAGCGAACGAAGAGGCACCCCGCGCAGCAUAUGAUGAACCCGAUGUGUCUGGAGUUCGGGGUGCACGACGAGGAUCAGCUCGACAUCUUCAUCGAGAAACACCUACCAAGCUUCGCUCUGGUGAUACUCACAGAGGAGUUUGACGCGGGGCUGAUGACGUUGCGACGGCUGAUGGGUUGGGACAUGAUCGACAUGACCUACUCUGUGAUGAUGGAAACGAAGAAAGGCGUAGUUAGAUGGGACAAUAAGCCGUUGGUUGAUGUGCCAAGGUUCGUCUCUCUGCCGCAGUGGGUGCAAGACACGAUCGAUGCGACCACAGCUUUGGACCGGAAGUUGUACGAAGCCGCGGUGCUGGCGUAUCGACAGGAGUCGUCAGCGAUGAUUGUUCCGAUGAGAGGAUUGGCAACAACGACUAUGAUGGAGGAUUGAUGUCAGUGAUGGCGACCGGGUGUCGCUCCUGACGUGAACCGAUGCGAUUACAAAUGUGAACGGGUACGUGUCUUGAUUGAUUAUUUCUCGUGGGUUUGACGAGAAGAAGGCCGUUGAGGUAGGGGACGCGGAACAAGACCUCGUGGAAUUCAAGGAGCUGCAGCGGAUCGUCACGGCCUACCUCGAGGCAAACUUCUCCAGCGAGGCCCGAAGAUGGUACGCCCCCAACGCCGAACCGUACAACGGCGGGCCGCCACCAUACGCGUUUUAACGGUCUAGUUUUGGAGUCCCGCUGCUUCGGUGUGCAUCCUUGGGCGAGCUGCGCAACGUUGAACGGGUUCAGUGUUUACUCGGAGGCCUCCACGGCGGUUCCGCGUGCACCCGAAUAUUUGAGAAGUUCGAAGGCACCGACUGUUCGGUAGUUUGUGGUAGUUUAUGGCCUCUCUCGCAUGAUACUGUAUGUAGAAGUUUAUUCGUACGUGACAGUGAGGAAUGACGGGUAUGCAGUCGAGUAGCAGUCAACCGCCGUGCCUGCCGUAUCGGCGAGAGAAAACUCGAUGGCAUCCAUUCGUGUAAAUUUUUGUCCCGAGAGAGGGACGGGAGCGUGUGAUUGAGGCCGCAAUGAAGCCCUGCUGUGUGUUUGUUUUGAUUUGUGAAUCUCGUUUUGCGGCAUGCCCUGAAUACCGGUCUCAAAUAUCGCGGCAGGGAGCUGUGCACCACGGGUAGCAGUUGUACAAUCGCUGAACAGGGCCAUGUACACAACACCGUUAUUGAGCUGGCAUGUAUCAGUGAGCAUCAGGUUGUCGGUUCAGUGCUUGCAGAAAGUGUCCGGAGACCCUGCCCACAUACCCGGAGCUAUCGCCUCGUGUUGGUAGUUUUUUUUUUGAGGGCGGCCCAUUGGACUGCUUCUUGUUUUGCAUUGAAGCCUGUUUAGAGGGGUCUUCGAUACAACAUUUGUUGUUUGUUGUUGUU